ACGACGGGAACUCCAAGAGGUUCUUUUUAUGAAAACGUGAUCAACAGUUCUCCGCGGCUCCGAGGCUUCCCCUAUUUGACCGAUUCCAAAGCGCCGAAUUCUGUCGUUCCUCGCCAAUUCCCCGCCUUCCUUUGUGGCUGCCUGGAAAACCAGGAGAAAAGGAAUUGACAGUGACCUCUUCUCUGGAUGGGGUUGGAGAGUAGUCAUGCGCAGAGCGAGCCCGUGGCGCUCUAUUUAGCAGCUUCUGCCCUUAGUCCUCUUUCUGGAGGCUUUACGGGGAAGUCGGGAGCGUUCUAAUUCUGUGCCCUUCAGCAGUUAGAUAAUUUCCGCGCUAUCUCCCAUCUUGCUUUUUAGAUCGAGGACAAAACUUGUAUUCUCCUGUCCCAUUCAAAAGGAUUGUUGAAGAAAUUUUGUUUAUGGCGAUUUUAAAAUUUAUCCGGCAUUGUGAAAGCCACCUUUACUUUCCAACCUGUGUUUUCCAUGCUUUUCCCUAUCGAAGUUUCGGGGGAAUAGUCCCAUCCUUGUGCUAGUAAUUUUCCAGUGUCAAGAAGCACUCUGAACUACAGAAAUGUUCACUUUAUUUUUUCCUCGAUCACCCCAGCCGUCUAGCAAUGUGGGUACUGUAAUUCUUCACCGGUCAAUCGUGUUCAUGUCGUUCUCAGCCUCUAAAUAGACGUCCUUUUCCGCCAUUCUUGUUUUGGGCCGUAUUGAAAGCCGUGAGGUCCUGAGCGGAGGCCAUUUUUCUUUUGGGCAGAUCUCUCGCGCUCUCUGGGGCCUCGCUUAGUGUUUCGUCGCCAUUUCAGAUCCUGGUUGUGGCUUCAAGCCCAUCGUGAGGCUACCCAGGUCAUCUUGUGUUUGGGCGGCGGCUGUUUUCCUUGCGCGCGCAGGCAGUCUCUGGGAAGCAGAAAGUAAGGCGGAAGCACGAAUCCCCAAGCUUCUAAAGACUAGUUUGAGAGCCUGCUGCUCUUUCAGUCUGAGUUUGCACAGCCAGGUACUACUUCAUCAGGGACCCUGGAGAGUAACAAAACAAAUAAAAGCCCGAACCCAAACCCUGUCACCAUCAUAGGUCUGUAAUUACUCUGGAAUCAGCAAGCCAUGGCAUCAAAGAAAUUUGCUGUUAAAUGUGGGAAUUUUGCUGUCCUGGUGGAUCUUCAUAUAUUACCGCAAGGUUCAAACAAAGAUACCAGCUGGUUUUCCGAACAGAAGAAAGAGGAAGUCUGUUUACUGUUAAGAGAAACCAUUGAUUCGAGAGUGAAGGAGUACUUAGAAGUUCGUAAACAGCACAGGCCGUCAAAUGCAGAAUUCACGAGAUCCAGUCCCUUGUCCUUAAAAGGUUAUGGCUUUCAAAUCACAGCCUAUUUUCUCAAGAGAGGGAUUCGCCUCUGGUGCCUCAGGGGCUCACAGCGUUCAGAACUCCGUGUAUUUCCCGACAGAUUUGUGGUCUGUGUAAGUCAGCUUGCCUUCAGUCGUGACCUUUUGGCAAGUCAGCAGGAAGAGUUGAUGGGAAGAGCCGUCCAAGGAGUGACAGAGGAUUUCACCGAGUGUGCAGAGAGGCCACUUCCUCCCAGUGCAGAGUGCAAGAGGAGGGCCCUGCAAGAAAUUGUGAACCGAAUUGAAACACAAAGUGUUGUGAGCAAAUCCUGCGGCUAUGAGGACAUCGUGGGAACAUCUGGUGACUCCGUGAUUGCAGAGGGCGCAAAGAAGAGGGACACUAAGACCUCGUCCCAUCCCCUGGAUCCCACGGGACAAGCUAAGGAUACAGAGGAGGCAGCCGAGAACCACCAGGGGCUUCCCAUUCCACAGCUGGAAAAAGCUGCUGAGACCCCACCAGAUCCUUCCGCCAGCAGCCAGCGCAGACCUCACCCCGGGCGUGGCUGGAGACAGGGCUUUACGCGGGAGCCGGUCUGUAGCUGUGAGUCAGCAUCCAUGGCUCCAAAACAGAGUCCACGAGGGGCUCCGGCUGAGGACUCCGACCACCGCAGGAGAGUUUCUCUUGCAAGUGAUCCAUUAGUCCCAAGAGAAAUAAGAGUGGGGGGUGGGGUGGGAAGCAAAGCCGUCAGGGCCCUGUCAGCUUCAGAGCUGUCAGAUCCAGGGUUACUCUUGAAAUAAGACUUGGCAGAAAGCAACUCUAAUGCAGAGUUGCAUGUUUUGGAAAAUCUCUCCUCCAGACAGCUUAUGAAAAAUAAGCCAGGGCAGGCAGAGCAAACCCGCUCAGCCACAAACCCUGAAAGAUGAGCUCCAACUCAGGGCAGCCCAACCAAGAAAAGAAAGCAGCAUGAGAAAGACCGCUGGAGAGGGUUGCAGACUUACUGGAGAAGACUGCAGACUGAUUGUUGAGGAGAUGGUGGCCAGGCCGGUGAAAAAUGUGUAUAGAUGCUGAGGCUUUAAAGGAAUUGGAAUGAUCUUAAGAAGGUAUAUACCUUUGUUAGCUUUUAAAGUGGUCACCUCUGGGAGCCCAUGUGCUUGUUCUGAUAGCAUUGCUGCUUUCUCAUCACAUUUUCCAUCUUCAGAAACUUAUUUUAGUGAUUAAAUAGCCAUUCACUUUGUUGGCAGCAAGGCAUUCAUGAAAGAGCUCCAUAAAGAAACAAAUUGUGGGAGUUCUCGUUGUAGCUCAGCGGGUUAUGAACCUGACUAGUAUCCACGAGGAUUCGGGUUUAGUCGCUGGCCUCAGUCAGUGGG